AAGCUGGCUCUUCACUUCCCUUUCCUCGGUUGUACGUGGCGGUUGGCGAGUACAGUACACUUCCACGUGACCCUCGGUGACGCCACGGCGCUGUUAAGUUUUCUCUGAAACACUCGGAGCUGUACGUUCGAGAGUUUUUAUGAGGUGACGAAGCACAGAGGCGUGACGAACAGGUUGCCAGAGGAUGAAACACGUGGAGAGGAAUGAUGCAAUAGAGAGCGGAUAAGUAUUAUGUGUCAAACAUCUUUAUUUAUAGAUGUUCGUCACGCACGUGCAUGUAAGUCAUUUCCUGGUCGGUUUUUACCGUAACGUUUGUGUAUAUAUAUGUGUGUGCGUACAUGUGCGAACGUAACGGCUUGUAGGUGUCGUUCCUGAGAAGAAAUCACCUUCCAUUGCCAAAGAGACACCCUGUCAGUACCCACCCCAACCUUUCCCCACUGACGUAAGUCAGAUCAGACAUUGUGCACCUACUGUCGCAAGAAAAGAUCAGGAACUGCAUUUCACCCUGAUUCCGGGUAGAUGACCUUUUAGCCUUUGUUCGCGACACGCUGGGAGGUUCCCCAGACGGAAUCUGAUCAGCACAUUGGUUUAUCCACGAGGAUGGGAGCGCUCGAUUCUAAACAAGGCUGUGACGAAUAAAACUUGUCGCCUGCUCGCUCGCGCUUGAACUCUUCUGACCCCACCCACCAUCCACUACCCACCAUCCACCACCCACCACCCACCACCCCGCCACCUCACUUUUAGCGCGUGCGUCUGUACAUGUCUGUGACUCGCAGAAGACUUCGCCUCAUUUCUGGCAAAACUUCGGAGCAAACACAUUCCACUGCCAGCCUCACGUAGACCACGCUGCUGUUCGCAGAACCAGUCGCUGCAGCAGAAGUAACUUCGAACAUCGGUUACUGUUCUUGUCCACUUCAGCAUGUUGUUCCAAUUGCUGUCAGUCCUCAGCGACAACAUCGGCACGGUCCUCACGUUUAUCUUCAUCUUCUUCCUGUCCUCUUACCUGCUGGAGCUCUACGUCAAGAACGUGGGACUACCUCCGGGGCCGCUGGGUCUGCCCUUCGUGGGCUGCCUGUCGCUGCUGCUCAACGGCCAUCCGGACAAGCGGCAGCUCUUUGCGCAGCUGCGGCAGCGGUACGGCGACAUCUUCUGCUUCCGUCUGGGCUGCCGCCUGGUGGUGGUCAUCAACGGCUUCGACAAACUCAAGGAGGCUUUCGUCCACGAGGGUGACGCCUUCUCCGACAGGCCGCAAGUCUUCAGCGUCACCCAUAUCGGACAGGGCAAAGGUGUGGUCAACUCCUCAGGCAAGGUAUGGAAAGAGCAUCGAAAGUUCACCUUGACCACCUUACGGAACCUCGGUAUCGGCAAAGCGUCUUUCGAGGACAAGGUCAACGAGGAGCUGUCGGCCUUCAUGGUUGUCCUCGAACAGACUCGCGGCCAGGAGUUCGAUCCCCAGUACGCCCUGCAGACGGCAGUAGCAAACAUCGUCUGCUCCAUCGCCUUCGGCAAGCGCUUCGAGUACGACGAUCCUGUCUUCGUCCGCUUUCUGCGCAUCUUUGACUUCAACAUGAAGAUCGCCGGCAGCACGUCCAUCCUGAACUUUCUCCCCGCGCUGCGCCAUCUGCCCGGAGACAUGUUCCGCUCUCGCUUGGCGUUGAAGAACGUUGAGUACGUGCAGAGUUACCUCCGGGUGUGGCUGGACAACCAUCAGCAACACUUCAACCCCGAAGACGUCACCGACUUUAUCGACGCCUACUUCGCGGAGAUGGCUAAGAAGAAGAAGAACAAACCCAACACCACCUUCAGUUAUGACCAGCUGCUGAAGCUGGUUGGGGAUCUGCUGGUGGGCGGCACGGAAACCACGGGCACCACCUUGCGGUGGUUUCUCAUAUUCCUCGUGCGCUGGCCGCACGUGCAGGAGCGCAUUCGUCAGGAGAUCGAUGCGGUGUGCCCCGGCCGCACCACUCCCUCCAUCCACCACCGGCCCCUCAUGCCCUACCUGGAGGCCGCCAUCUUGGAGUGCCAGCGCUUCGCGGAUAUCGCCCCCUUCUGCCUCGCGCACGCCACCUCCCGUGACGUCACACUGGAGGGCUACCGCAUUCCCAAGGGCACCAUGGUGAUUCCGAACAUUCACUCGGUACACUUUGACCCCGUGUUGUGGCCUUGCCCCGGGGAGUUUCGGCCAGAGAGAUUCCUCGACUCCCAAGGCCACGUCAUCAGGCCGGAUACCUUGAUUCCCUUCUUUAUGGGCAAGCGAGCGUGUCCAGGAGAGGCGCUGGCAAGAAUGGAACUGUUCCUGUUCAUAGUCACCAUCCUGCAGCGCUUCGAGAUCUUGCCAGCAGACGAUGGUCAGCUGCCGUCGCUGGACGGCAAGGUUGGCAUCACCUACACGCCGUGCGAGUACAAGGUCCGCUUCGUCUGUCGACCGGUCACUCCCAGCUAACUUCGGGUAUUCGCAUGCUGGGGCUGCCCAACUCGAGGACAAUAAUUUUUGUCGUUGACAUUCAGGUGGCAAGGACUACCGAACCAGAUGGACGACCGAGGGAGUGGUGGAGUAGCGCUGACGGCCUCUCGUAUGCUGUGUGACAUUUUGGAGCUGGGCACAGUCAAUUUUCCAUUUGUCUGUAGUGAAAUUCCUUGAUCUCGAAAAAACUUUUCCUUUUGCUUUCGUGCAUCUAUUUAUUUUAAUAGAGAGGAGCCUGAAAAGUUUAACUUCAUAUGUUGAGAACGUUAACUCAUAUUAUUUAUAUGUAUUUUCAUGUUAAAAAUGGUUUUGUCAGUAAGAUAGCAUUUAGGAUCGGGUGUGUUUACGAAGGUUUGUAGCAAAUUUACCAGCUUUACCAUGGAAUUUAAACUGCUAGGGAUUUAUCAAAAUUUCAUCUAGUCUUCAACCGUGUCUUUUACAAUUUUAACAAGCAUUCUAACUCGUGCUGCCCAGGUGCCGGCAACACUCUGCUUCUCACGUAUCUAUAGUCACAGUGGAAGGAAGACCUUAAGAAAGCAGAAAUGCUGAAUGUUAUCACUAAACAGUCAUAUUAUGAAGAUUCGAUAUUGUAGAUAUUCGAUAUUGUACAUUUUAUUUUAAAAGCAAUGUUUUUCUAACGGAGAAGGGAACUCAUCAGAAAUGACGAAUUCAUUACCUUAUUCGUUCGGGAACAAUUUUAUCUGUAUCAACCUUUGUGAGCAGAAAAGCUCGUUUCCCUAACCCUACCUCGGCAAAGCAACAAAAUCAUGACCUCUAUAGAACGCACCGUGUAAAGAAACAAAACGGAAAAAAUGAGUGUUUACCUUAAUCUAGCGCAUGCGCGUUGUAAGAUAUGUUUACGCGCAUGAGCUGGCAAUACUUGUCUCUAUGGUUUCCGACCGUGUUGAUAUUUGUUAAUUAAGUUAUUUAUUUACACAAGGAUCUGUUUGGUUGCUAAAGACGUGAUGUUUCUCUCAUCCAAGUGUUCGGCUGCAUAAACAUAGGAAACGAGGAAGUGCGUGAGAGUGUGUGAGAGAGUGAGUGAGAUUCUGUUUUCUUUUCAUUGUCAUCACGAGUCCCUUUUGCUUGUUAUCUCAAGUACACAUCCCAUGAAAAUGUGAAAAAAAAUAAAGAGAACUACA